UUGCGACAUGAUGGGAAAUCUUAUCAGGGACCCCAGAACAAGCAAGGACCACCGGGGGGACUGGCCGGAGACAAUGGAGUUGCUGACGUUGUCGCUGGUCUACAUUCGUCCGCGCCGCCGUGCUGGUACCAAGAACCAAGGACCAAGGACCGACCACAACGGGCUCUUGGGUCACGGGUGCCGCAUGCCGCAGAUUAAGAGCAUCAGCUAUAGCCAGGACGUUUAUCCCAAAGGAGAUGUGGAGACCGAAGCAGUAGCAUCUGAUGACAACCGAAUGCCGAAUCGGCGGAUGGAAGCGAUCGGCUCCGUAUUUUGUACUUUGGCUUUUUCUAUGUACCCGUCGUGUACCUGGACUGUACUGCGUGCAGAGUCACUUCACUUUACUGCACACUGGACGGAUAUUAAUAGCGAAACUUGCAAAAAACUCUGGACUGUGCGUUUUACCCGUCUCCAAGUUCGUCUCGGUUGGACGGCCUGAACUUGUCUCUUCCCGCCCUCUCCAGACUCUCUCUCUCUCUCUCUCUCUCUCUCUCUCUCUCUCUCUCUCUCUCUCUCUCUCUCUCUCUCUCUCUCUCUCUCUCUCUCUCUCUCUCUCUCUCUCUCUCUAUAUCAGAGUUCCCAACCCAGACAGGGAAACACCCCCAUGCUCUUGUCAAAGCCGCACACCCACCGACUUGGACCGCAAACCUGACCUGGGCGAUGCUGGCUCGAUUGGCGUUCCCUGUGCAAAGGUUGGCUCGAGCACCCGAGCACGCGAGGAGGCCGUGCAAAGGAAAAAACGGUUGUCGACCCCUGUCGGCCAUGGUAUGUGUCUUGCCAGCUAGUUUGCUCUGUGUAUAUGUGCCUGUCUGCCGGGUUCCAUCCGUGAAACCAAUCUGCGUUCGGUGGUAUCCAGUUCGGGGCUAUAACAACUGGAUGAUAACCGAGUGUCUCUCUCUCUCUCUCUUUCUCUCUCUCCUUGUUAGCAGCCCGGCAUCGUUCACUGUCACCAGCCACCGGUCGUCGGACGGAGUACUGUCCAAAGUGGCACAUGCUCCGGCCGCCAUCCCCCAGGCUUGCAUCCUUCCCUCCCCUUGAACAAGCGAAACGGACCAUGUGCAGCGCGGGUUACACUGCACCAUCGACUGCACUCUAGACCUCGAGGAGGGGGUGCCAUUCGGUAUUUCCGCCGGGAUGGGAACAGCUCCUGGGCACAGUAGGCGUGAUCAGCAGCAAACGCCAGAACCGGCCAGGUUGAAUGCAGGUGGUGCGCGCGGUGGUGUGCAAACCCCGCAAAUAUUAUACACAUUCUCCUCCUCGUCACUUGUAGAGAGGGAAGGGAAAGAAAGAAAGAAGACCUGCUUCGGUUUUCCCUUCUGGCCGACCUGGCUCGAGAUAAGUACUAGCUGGCUGGCUGGGCAUGCGCCCUCUCGGAACUGGAGGAUUGUGCCCAUGUGACGCAAGCUGCAACGGCAAACGGACACAGGGACGGACGGUUACUGGCAAUAUCGCAUCGCAUCGCAUCGCAUCGCAUCGCAUAGUUUAAAUUUCGCUGCGGAACAAGACAAAGCCGGGCGUUAUGCAGUGUGACCAAAGCUGCCCUCGAGUCCGGCCCACUGCAACCUAACAUCCCUUCCCUCCCUCCCUUCCUCCCCCCCCUCUCUCUAUAUAGUAUCUUUCAUUCAUUUUCUACAAGACAUAUUGGCCCUCUAUACUGGACAAGGAGGAGGACGAGGACGACUUUGGUGCCACUGGUCAUGGGACUGGAUCCAGUCAGAAGCUUACAGAGAAGGAGCUGGUAACUAAACUUGAGUCCCUUUCGGACGGCAGUCAUUCGCAAUAGGCGGUCAGCAAGCCAAAUGAAACGGCGAGGUCCAAAGAGACGGCCCCCUUUCCCCUUGCUAGCUUGCAUGAAACUGGGCCCGGCUGUUCUGACGAAUCCCACAUUUCCGUCAGCGGGAAAGGGGGGGGCUUGAAGGGUACAUACAUUAUGUUUACAUGGAUAGGAACAUCGGAGGCGGACAUGAGCAGCAGGAGAACGGUUCUCAACUUUACCCACAGACGGUGUCGGUGUCGACAUCUGGGUACGGAGUCCACUUACAGACCACAGCGGAAAGGGCGUCGAGAAGGAAGCUUGAAUCCUGGGUUGCCCGCGGACUUGGGAUAAGGUACGACGAUGCAAAGUCUGUGACAUGAAGACGCGGUCCGGUUGGUUGCCCGCUUCAAAUCGACAGAAAUAGAACACCAGAGAGGGCUCGACGACUGGUGAUGGAUGGAUGGAUGGAUGGACGAGCACAAACAAGCCUCUGGACGCGGAAACAGCCAUGACAAGCUUAAACGAAGGGACGGAGAGAGGGAAGGGGGAGGGGGGGGACAGAACGUGACCUGAUCGGCCGUUGCACGCGGUGACUGCGGGCUAUUCCCAUCGAUAAGCUUUUUGUGCACGUC